AUGUCGUCCGAGAGCGAGUCCGAGGAGGAGUACGUCAUCGAGCGCAUCCUUGAGGAGACAGGCAAGGGUGGCAAGCUCAAGUACCUCGUCAAGUGGCAGGGCUACGAUGAGGAGACGUGGGAGCCGGCGGCGAACCUGGCCAAGACCGAGGCGCUCGCCGAGUGGACGAAGAGUGCAGCGUCUGGCAAGGGCAAGGGCAAGCCAGCCAAGAAGGUGCCGGCCAAGCCGGAGAGCGACGACGAGAGCGGGUCCGACGAGGAGUACCAGGAAGACAGCGAGGUCAGUUCAGAGGCGGAGUGGAAGCCCAAGGGCUCAAAGUCGGGCGGCGGGACUUCAAAGGCGCCCGCUGCCACCAAAAAGAGCCCGGCGACUUUGAGCGGCAACAAGGUGGUGGCCAAGCGGCAGCGCGAGCCGGAGCAGGAGUCUCUCCUCCCCGAGACGCUGACGGCGGACUUCAUCCUCGGGUGUGUGGAGUCCUGGGACGCGCCAAAACUCAAGGCGCUUGCGAGCGCGCUUGCGAAGGAGAGCACGGUCUCCAAGUAUCACGUGGCGCUCGGCGGGCUCAAGGGAACCGGCAAGAAGGCGGAGGUCUGCGAGGACGUCACGGUCGCCAUCCGCUCCGUCUACUCCGGCCUCGGCACUCGGCCGAUCGGCCGGUACCACUGUGGCGGCUCGCAGAAGGAGGAGGGCCCCGCCUACCGCUCCGAGCGGAUCGAGUCGGCGCCUCUCGGUUACGGGAUGGGCGCGGAGGCGCUGCGCAAGGCGGUCGAGGCGGCGUUCCGCCGCGCUCACGAGGGAGUCGUCAACGAGCGCGCAAAGAAGGCGUUCCGGCCCGAGGCAAAGGCGCUGCUGCCGCGUCUGGAGGUGCUCGAGCCGCGGCAGUUGGCGCAGCUCGUCUGCUCGCUCGUCGACGCCGGUAACGGAAUGGUGGCGGUAAUCACGCAGCGACGGCAGGGCUCACAAUGGAGGGGUGAUUGCAUUCUAGGCCACGUCGACGACGCCACCGUCUACGCCCUCCUCCCGUCCGCCGACCUAGAGCCAGUGCUCAAGGAGUGCGAGAAGCUCGUCAACGCCAUCCGGCGCGCGCUGCCCAACUCGCGCUGGGGCAGCUGCACGGACCAUUUUGGGUACAAGCGCUGCGCAUCGGCUGUCAACACGGCGAAGCGCAAGUUCCUCGAGGGCGCCAAGCAGUUCAAGGGCGCGAAGCAGUGGGCGACCGCCAAGGAGUGGGCACUUCGCAACUAG